AUGUCCACACGAUCGCAUCCUUCUCCUAUCCCUUCGCCAGGCCGUGCGCGCUCACCGCGCUCCGUUCGUCGCUCCAUCUCUCCACGCGACGAGCCUAAGAGAAGUGUCACGCGCAGUCCAGUGCGUGGCCGUGAUCGCUCAAGAAGCUGGACUCGCUCUCCCUCGCGUGGCCGAACACCAUCCCGCAGUCGCACGGGUGGCCGUCGAUACCGGAGCAGAAGCUUCAGCCGGACCCCUUCCCCGAACAUGAACCCUCCCCGGAGCUCCAAGGUCAGUCCACGCCAGAUCGUCGUAGAGAAGCUUACAAAGAAUGUUACUGAGGGUCAUCUUCGUGAAAUCUUUGGCAGCUUUGGGGAUAUUGAAUACCUCGACCUUCCGAUCAACCGAGCUUGUAAGACUCUCACGGCCCCGGAAGACUUCAUUGCUCGCCAGUUGCUGAUGCCAUUGUAUAUGGACGCGGGUCGUACGGCGGCAAAUCAUCUCCUCCACCGCGAAGACACGCUCCACCACGGCCUACGGAACGGCAUGACAUCUAUCGGCCUCAAUCGGUAUCGAGAUCGCGGUCCCCUGUACGCUCUCGAUCCUAUUCCUCAUCCCGCUCAAGGUCCCCGCCCAGGCGAAACAGUCUCCGCACAGGAAGCCCCCGGCAGCGCAGGCGUCGAAGCCCCAGUUACAGCAGCUAUAGUAGUCGCAGUGAUCGAAGUCGCAGUCCAAACAAGAGUCGAAGCCGAAAUUGAUACGACAGAGCCGUUCAUGUAUUAA